AUGGAACAGACACAAACAGCAGAGGGCACUGACUUACUAAUUGGUGACGAAAAGACCAACGAUUUACCUUUUGUGCAGUUAUUUCUGGAGGAAAUAGGAUGCACUCAAUACCUGGAUAGCUUUAUUCAGUGCAACCUUGUCACAGAAGAAGAAAUUAAGUAUCUCGACAAGGAUAUCCUCAUUGCUUUGGGUGUAAACAAAAUAGGAGACAGACUCAAAAUUUUAAGGAAGUCAAAAUCGUUCCAGAGAGAUAAACGGAUUGAACAGGUGAAUAGAUUGAAAAACCUGAUGGAAAAAGUAAGCUCUCUAUCCACUGCUACGCUAUCGAUGAAUUCAGAAUUGAUUCCUGAAAAGCACUGUGUUAUAUUUAUCUUAAACGAUGGUUCCGCUAAGAAAGUUAAUGUAAAUGGUUGCUUUAAUGCAGAUUCUAUUAAGAAAAGGCUAAUCAGAAGAUUGCCACAUGAAUUAUUAGCCACAAACUCCAAUGGAGAAGUAACUAAAAUGGUCCAAGAUUAUGAUGUGUUUGUCUUAGAUUAUACCAAGAACGUACUGCAUUUGCUAUAUGACGUGGAAUUAGUCACUAUUUGCCACGCAAAUGAUCGUGUUGAGAAAAAUAGGCUAAUUUUUGUUUCCAAAGACCAAACACCAAGUGAUAAAGCUAUAUCCACAUCCAAAAAACUAUAUCUAAGAACGUUGAGUGCAUUGAGCCAGGUUGGGCCAUCCUCGUCAAAUUUGUUGGCACAGAACAAGGGGAUUUCGCAUAACAAUGCUGAAGGGAAACUCCGGAUCGACAACACAGAAAAGGACAGAAUUAGACAGAUUUUUAAUCAGAGGCCUCCUAGCGAAUUUAUUUCUACCAAUUUGGCCGGAUAUUUUCCUCAUACAGACAUGAAGCGGUUGCAAAAGACGAUGAGAGAGUCAUUUCGCCAUUCAGCAAGGCUAAGCAUUGCUCAAAGAAGACCUUUAAGUGCAGAAUCAAAUAAUAUCGGUGACAUACUAUUGAAACACUCAAACGCUGUUGAUAUGGCCCUAUUACAAGGAUUAGAUCAGACAAGAUUAAGCAGUAAACUUGACACAACUAAAAUUCCGAAGCUUGCCCAUAAAAGGCCAGAAGAUAAUGAUGCCAUAUCUAACCAGUUAGAACUAUUAAGUGUAGAGUCUGGUGAAGAAGAAGAUCACGAUUUCUUUGGGGAGGACAGUGACAUUGUUUCAUUACCGACGAAAAUUGCCACGCCCAAGAAUUGGUUAAAAGGUGCUUGCAUUGGAUCAGGCAGUUUUGGGAGUGUUUACUUGGGCAUGAAUGCUCACACUGGUGAACUAAUGGCAGUAAAGCAAGUGGAGAUAAAAAAUAAUAACAUUGGUGUUCCCACAGACAACAAUAAACAAGCCAAUUCUGAUGAGAAUAAUGAGCAGGAGGAACAACAAGAGAAAAUAGAAGAUGUUGGGGCGGUAAGUCAUCCAAAAACCAAUCAAAAUAUUCACAGAAAGAUGGUUGAUGCUUUACAGCAUGAAAUGAAUUUAUUGAAGGAGUUACAUCAUGAGAACAUUGUUACUUAUUAUGGUGCUUCUCAAGAAGGCGGAAAUUUAAAUAUUUUUCUUGAAUACGUUCCUGGGGGUUCGGUUUCCUCCAUGCUGAAUAAUUACGGUCCAUUUGAGGAAUCACUGAUUACUAAUUUCACUAGGCAAAUACUGAUUGGGGUUGCGUAUUUGCAUAAGAAGAACAUUAUUCACAGAGAUAUCAAGGGUGCAAAUAUUUUGAUUGAUAUCAAAGGUUGCGUAAAAAUUACUGAUUUUGGUAUUUCAAAAAAAUUAUCACCUUUGAAUAAAAAACAAAAUAAGAGAGCUUCUUUGCAAGGUUCCGUAUUCUGGAUGUCACCAGAGGUGGUCAAACAGACCGCUACUACUGCUAAAGCGGAUAUAUGGUCUACAGGAUGUGUUGUCAUUGAAAUGUUUACCGGUAAGCAUCCUUUCCCAGAUUUUUCUCAAAUGCAAGCGAUCUUCAAAAUAGGCACAAACACGACCCCCGAGAUACCUUCCUGGGCUACGUCAGAAGGAAAGAAUUUCUUAAGAAAGGCAUUUGAGUUGGAUUAUCAAUACAGGCCUAGUGCCCUUGAAUUGCUGCAGCAUCCAUGGCUGGAUGCACACAUAAUUUGA